CACCAUCACCAUGAAAGCCGUCAUCACCAUCCUGCUCAGCCUCGCCACGCUGGCCUUUGCCGCGCCCAACCCCCACGCCGAUAUCGACGCCCUCGCCACCCGGCAGGAAGGUUGUACCUACGUGUGCGAAUGCGUGGACGAACACGGCGACGGCGUACUCCGCAGCAACCUGGAUUGUUGCCAGGGCCCCACCGUUAGCGAGGGCGACACCGUUAGCGAAGAUAGCAGGACGUGGUUUUGCCUCGGAAAGCGCCACGACGACCAGGCGUUUGCCGGACACAACGGCUUCACCGGACCGCAGAUCUAA